CGCCAAGAUGGCGGCAUAACACAAAAUCACGUGAUAAAAUCACCUCUAUAGACGUCUGCCACGUCGUGGUCACGUGACACGGACGUAACGUGUGGGCGGAGCUUCCGCAAACAUUCAAAUCCGAGAGCGCGGCUCGCAACAGGUAGCAAGGCGGCAAUGCCGAGCGACGCGACGCGACGCGACACGACACAGCGACGACUAACAAGAGAAAUAUUUUUUAUUUUCUGCUUGCAACUGUACCGUCCAGAGCGCACACGGUUCCACGGUAUUUGUUGGCUGUAUGUCUUCCACUGUAAGAAGAACGACUAUACAAACCAGUUGGAGGCUCGCUUCAUUGAUCACAACGGUUCCACCGUGUUCGUUGCCUGUAUGUUUGAAGGAUACAAAGUACAACGCUUGCACGUUGGCGAAGACGUCUUCGGUUGUUUCUGCUGCUCCAUGGAGUCUGGUGUGCGCAUUUACAAUGUGGAGCCUUUGAUGGAGAAGGGCCACUUGGAUCACGAGCAGGUGGGCAGCGUGGCGUCGUGCUCCAUGCUGCAUCGCUCCAACCUGCUGGCCGUGGUCGGGGGCGGAGUCAGCCCCAAGUUCUCUGAGAUAUCCGUGCUGAUCUGGGAUGACGCGUGCGAUUCCCGAGACGCCAAAGACAAGCUGGUCCUGGAGUUCACCUUCACCAAGCCGGUGCUGGCGGUCCGGAUGCGACACGACAAGAUCGUCAUGGUGUUGAAGAACAGGAUCUAUGUGUACAGCUUACCCGACAAGCCGCUCAAGCUCUUUGAGUUUGAUACGCGCGACAACCCCAAAGGUCUGUGCGACUUGUGUCCGAGUCUGGACAAGCAGCUGCUGGUUUUCCCGGGACACAAAUGUGGAAGUCUGCAGCUGGCGGACCUGUCCAACAGCAAGCCCGGGACGUCGUCGGCGCCGUUCACCAUCAACGCGCACCAGAGCGAGAUCGCCUGCCUGGCGCUCAACCAGCCGGGAAGCGUGGCCGCCUCGGCCUCUCGCAAGGGGACGCUCAUACGCCUCUUUGACACCAGCAGCCGCGACAAACUGGUGGAGCUGCGGCGAGGCACCGACCCCGCCACGCUCUACUGCCUCAACUUCAGUCACGACUCGUCCUUCUUGUGCGCAUCCAGUGACAAAGGGACGGUCCACAUCUUCGCCCUGAAAGACACCAAACUUAACCGCCGCUCCGCGUUGGCGCGCGUGGGCAAGGUGGGCCCCGUCAUCGGCCAGUACGUGGACAGCCAGUGGUCGCUGGCCAGCUUCACCGUGCCCGCCGAGUGCGCCUGCAUCUGCGCCUUCGGGAAGAACACAUCCAAGAACGUCAACUCCGUCAUCGCCAUCUGCGUGGACGGCACCUUCCACAAGUACGUCUUCACGCCCGACGGAAACUGCAACCGAGAAGCCUUUGACGUCUACUUGGACAUUUGCAACGACGACGACUUUUGAUCCAGGACGGAAGGAAACGGGGAAGGACCCAAGGAAGAAACGGCAGGACACUUCAAGUGAAGCCAGGUGUCACCUUUUGCGGUUCGGCAGGAGCUGUCAAAGUCACCUGUGCGCAUGCACGUGUGAGUAGCUCAUCCGAGGACGCGCCGACAGAACAUUCUUCCAAAUCCUCAUUCCAGAAGCGUGCUGAAGUCACAACAAGGAGG